CGCUCCGCCCGGCGGAUGGUUCGCUCCGCGGACACCCGAUAUAUAGCGCUGUCAAGGGGCGCAUCCCCCCUCUGCACCCCCCCGCGCCCCCGCCCCGGCACGGACUCUCCGCGGCGGGGCCGCCCCGCUCUGGGCCGACUCGGCUCGGCCGUCCGCCCCCGCCUGCCUGCCGCGCUGCCCGCCUCCCCCGGCCCGCCCGGGGCCAUGUCCACGGGCUCCGCCAGCGACGCGGAGGAGCUGCCCGACAUGGACCUGCGGGCGCUGCAGCUGGACUACCCGCCGCCGCCGGCCAAGCGCCAGCCCCGCGGCGAGCUCUACCCCUCGGGGGACAACUCCUCGGCGGCGGAGGAGGAGGAAGAGGAGGAAGAAGAGGAGGAAGAGGACGGCGAGGGCAGCUGCGCGGCGGGGCCGGCGGGCAGCGGCUGCAAGAGGAAACGGGCGCGGGGCGGCGGCCCCGGGGGCAAGAAGGCGGCGCCGGGGCCGCGGGGGCCGCCGCCCGAGGGGAAGCAGUCCCAGCGCAACGCGGCCAACGCGCGGGAGCGGGCGCGGAUGCGGGUGCUGAGCAAGGCGUUCUCCCGGCUGAAAACGAGCCUGCCCUGGGUGCCGCCCGACACCAAGCUCUCCAAGCUGGACACGCUGCGCCUGGCGUCCAGCUACAUCGCCCACCUCCGGCAGCUCCUGCAGGAGGACCGCUACGAGAACGGCUACGUCCAUCCCGUCAACCUGACUUGGCCGUUUGUGGUUUCAGGAAGACCUGACUCUGACACCAAAGAAGUUUCUACUGCCAGCAGAUUAUGUGGAACUACUGCAUAGUCAGACUAAAUUGAGGAUUUUUUAUUGUUGAUUUUUUUUAAUGGGUUGGAUAUUUUUAAGAGCUGUGAUUUAUCAGCUCAGGACUAGAAGAUGGGGCAACCCCCCAUCUCUAACAGUGUUAAAUUUGCCUCCCUCAUCAUUCUUUCCCCUUAGUGUUCUGAGGGCAGAUUAUUUAAAGCAGUAAAGAAUGGAGGUGGUUGAAAUGAGAGGUUUUAUGAACUGACUGCAGCAGCUGAAGUCUAAGACUUGGCUUCAUCAUUCUUACCACUGCCUGAGGACCUGCUGUUCUGAGGCUUUUAAACUAAUGGAAGAAGAAUAUAAUGAUGUAGAAUUAACAGCAUGGACCAAAGUACAAGUCUACAAACUAACCCCAAACAGUGUUAUUUGUGUUGUAAAGCAAAACGGUAUUUUAAAGUAGCUUUGAAAGUCAGAUAGAUUUAUAAUAUAUUUUGAUGGCUUUUGUAUUCAUGGGUCUGGUUUACUGCAACUAUGCAAUUAAUCAUACUUUUUUCUUUUGGGCUCUUUGAUCAGAGUUUUCUUAAAAAUGUGUAAGCGGACACAUUCUGCUUUGACCCACUGGAAUUAAAAUAAUUCCUGUGGUUAUUUCUUGAAAUGCCACGUGUAAGAAUGUGGGAUUGUCCCUAGAAAUGUGGUAGAGUUUCUGUGCCUUAAUCUGGAAGGGAAUUCUGCUCACUGUGAGGCCAGGGUGCAUGUGUUGUAAAGGAUGUGUAUGUAUGAUGCUGCAAAAUAACAAGAAGUCACAGUGUUUAAAAUAUUUUUCCUGUACUGUUAUGCUUAUCAUUGAGAAGUUUACUCUCAAAAGAGUUAGCGUGUCAUUUCCUUACAGAUUCAAAUGUUGUAAUAAAGGAGAAUGCCAUCAAAUAAGUUGCAAAUGUAAAUAACUCUAUUUUUUUAUAAAUUACAUUAAAAGCUUGGUUACAAUUA